AUGGCCGUGGCGGCGGUGGUAGAGCCUCACACGCUUCCCAGGCCAGAGCGGCAGGAUCACCGCGAUCGCUACCUCGAGGGUGUCUACAACCCGAUCAAGGUCCUCAACGUCCGGACCAUGCUCUACUACCCGGACUCCAAGAUGAACGCCGAGCAGAAGCGCGUCCCCCGGGCCCGUUUCAAGAAGGCCAUCGUCCUCGUGGACAACCCCUUCCCCUUCCCUCUGGAGAUGGCCAGCUACCAGAAGUCCAUGCUCUCCGAGGAGAUUGAUCGGCUGUACCGGUCCCGCCUCAGCAACGAUGGCUCGGAGAAGAAGUAA